AUGAUUGUGCCCACAGGAACAGACGCAGUCUUGGAUGACUUGGAGAUGCGCCUGGAGGAGUUGGGCCUUCCGGCCAGCCACUCUGAUCCCUGGCACAUUUUGAGGUACGAGCCUGGCUAUCGUGCGCAUUUCAAGCACACAGACUGCAAUGUGGAGCAUGGAGACCCUGAGAACGAUCGAUAUGUCACAGUAUUGAUUUGGCUUUCAGAUUGUUGGAACUCCACUUCUCUUUGCAGCGCUGUCAGAACAUCUGAAACUGGUGUGGACGAUUUGGCGGAUGGCGCAACUGUCUUCCCCCACUACGGGCUACGCAUGCGCAUGCCGCGAGGUGGCUUGGUGCUGUACAGCAAUCUGAUGGAAGGUCGUUGCUCUCUUUCCUCUGAGCAUUUUGCUGCUGCGCUGGAUUCAAUGGCACCAGUGAAGGUGGUGCUGCAAAAGUGGUUUUACGCUGCUCCAGUGGAACCUAGCACACCAAAAGUCCCACUGGCGGUGUGCGACAGAGGACCACGUGCGCAGUGCAAGCAUUUCUUUAUGCCCCCUGAGGGAAUGGGAGCACAGAGAGUACAGGAUGCUCUCGCAAGUCUGCAGUGGCUUAUGGGCAAGUCCGAUGAGGGCAGUGCCGAUCAGCAGGUGCAGCUCAUCAUAUCUUCACGUGAGCUACAAGAGCUGAGGGAUGCAUUGGAGCAUCAGGUUGUUGGGAGUUCCUUGGGGCAGUCGCCUCAUUGGUAUGCCAUGUUGGUACUAAGCAACAUGGAGAUGCUGGCUAUGCAGUUCGGCGCCACGGAGAAAGCUCCGUUGCCACGGCUGCGCGCUGCGCUGAAGCGAUGCCCCAGCUGUAUUGAGGUCAUCAAGAGUACACUUGCGGCGCUGCUGUUGUCCGCACAGGUGCGACCAGAGCUCGUGCAGCUGGAGGAGGCACUUGCACUCCUCAAGCGGCUUGCUUUGAUGGACACACCAGAAGCAGCCCGCUUGGCGCCGCAGUGGGCGACACUGCGGCAGUUGCACCGAAAAAGAAGCAAGGAAGCAACGUGUGGCUGUCUAUAA